UCUCGCUUAGCGGCAUUGGACGCAUGUCCUUUCUUCCUACUUGAAUGGCACUACCGCCUACAUCUUUACUUUUUAGAGAGGGUGGCAGACCCGUAAUUGGAAUUAUAGUUACAACAGUACCUCACUCAAGGCAGCUCCGACCCAGCCGUCAGCCAGGCCUUGCAAUACGUGACCUUCGUUCCUUCCCUGUCAAGUUUCAUGUGCCCGGUCCACGUAGUGUAGGUGUUGUCACCAUCUUUCUUACCGCUCGUAAGGUCACAGAGGAUGACCAGCUCGUGCGGGCUCGCCUGCUUGUGGAAGACGUUGAGCACACGGUGCUUGCUCAACAAGGCGACGCCCCAAGCCUUGCUCGCCAAGCUGUGAUGCCUUGCGGAGAUUUCGUCAAGGUCAUCGGACCGAUAGCAAAGCCUUUCCCGUUCGCCCUAGACAGGAAAGGCAACCGUACACUCCCCCAGCGGCUCGCAGUGCGAGUGAACAGCUUGUGGAAGCCGUCGAGGAAAGACUGGACCUGAGAAGCCAUUCUGUCGCUUCAGUUCAGAGUAUGCUGAGGGAGCGCAACAAAGCAUGUGUAUAGUGGUUUCUGUCAAACGAAGCGUGCUGUAGACCUCGGGGUGAAGAUCACAAGAUGCAUAAAAGGCGUACACGGAGGUCAGAGAGGGUGUCGCGCACGUCUCAAUCAAGUUCGAGUGCUCGGCGCCUCGACCACGAUGGAGCACGGAAGACGCUGCGGCACCGGCCAUUAUUAUUGCCGUGACCGUCGGCGCUCACCGUAGGCAAAUGCGCAGAUGCGCAGAGGCACUUUACG